AGAAAAGAUGUAAGAAAUCAGUUUUCAAGAUCUCUGGAAAGAUUUUAUAUAUGUAAUGGGUGCUGCUACAGACAUGUAAGCUGUUUUAGAUACAGUUGGCUAAGAACAUUCACUAUGGUUAUAAUCUAGAAACAGAUUGAGUAUUAGGCUGAAUCGAUCAAAUAAUUUACAUUUAUAAAAUGAGGAUCCUUCUCUCAUUCAUGAUAUUAAAUAUCGAUAUUAUGAAAUAGUUACUAUGCAAUAAUUUGGGGACAUUGUUUUAGGAUAUUUGAAAUUCUAUGAAAGUAAUUUAUAAAGAGUACCCAUCAGACUUCCUGAAGGGGAAGUUGGUGAAUGGUAGGAUUUUGAUGAUAAUGAAAUUAAUUACUAGACAUAAUCCAUUAUUAAAUUGCUUAUGAAGUAGUUUUUUAUUUAGAGAAUUUUUUAGAAAACGAUAUUCUUUCAGAAGAUAAUGGAUAGAAUAAUUAUAGUCAAAUACAUCAAUAACUGCUAAUUCUACUGAUAGAAACUUAGCUCGUUCUGUUUAAAGCAUUUAUAUUCCUUUACAAAAAACUAAUGGCCAGUUUGUCAUUUUGGAUUCUCCAUUAGUAUUCAUUUAUAUUAUAUAUUUGAUAAGUCCAUGUCCAAUCACCUCAACGAAAAUUUACUUUAAAGUAAACACAGUGCUUAAAAUUCAAUUGGUGAUUCAGAACAAAACCAAGGAGCUAAGCGUCUUUCUUAAAAUGCUCCGAAAUAUAAAAAAUUACAAAAUUUAAGAAAACAAUCCUUAGAUGUUAGUAUAGACAGUCUUAGAGAGAGUCACAUUUCUUAAUAAAGAAAUAUGAGUAAAGCUAAGACAAAUCUCAAAACUCGAUAACAUGAAUUAAACAAAGAACAUAUGGAAAAAAGCAUUAUAGAAAAAAAUAGAAAUUGCUGUGGAUCUGGUUGUUGUCAAUUUUGA